UUUUGUUACUUUGAGUCGAUUUCACGAGCGACUUGCAAAUCUCUUCCGCUUCCGAGCAAUUAACCGGUUGACACAACUAUUUGAUUUGUAAAUAAAAUAAUGUCUAAGUUUCAUUAUCCAGAUGUUAGGCGUGAUGCCACAUUAUUCGACGAAUAUCACGGAGUUAAGGUUGCAGAUCCGUAUAAAUGGUUGGAAGAUCCUGACACUGCAGAGACACAGGCAUUUGUUGAGGCUCAGAACAAUGUGUCCCGUCCAUACAUAGAGGCAUGUCCUUUGCAAUCUAAACUCCAAGAGAGGAUUACAGAGAUGUGGGAUUAUCCUAAAUAUGGCUGCCCUGAUAAGCAUGGAAGCAGCUUUUACUACACUUACAACACAGGACUCCAGAACCAAAGUGUCCACUAUGUUCAAGAUUCACUGGAAGGGGAGCCACGAGUCCUGCUUGACCCCAACGCACUGUCUGCUGACGGGACUGUGGCAGUAUCUGGAAAGUCAUUCUCAGAGUCUGGCCACUUCCUGGCAUACUCACUCAGUGAGAGUGGCUCAGACUGGAACACAAUCAAAUUCAAGAGGUGUCCCAGUGGUGAAGAUCUGCCAGACGUGCUCAUCCGUGUCAAGUUCUCCUGCAUGGCAUGGACCCACGACGAUCUGGGCAUCUUCUACAAUCGCUACCCGGAGCAGGAAGGCAAGGUCGACGGCACGGAGACGACCUCCAACCUCCACCAGAAGCUCUACUACCACCGACUGGGCACCGACCAGACACAGGAUGUAAAGGUGGCAGAGUUCCCACACCAGCCCAAGUGGAUGAUUGGUGCGGAGGUAAGUGACUGUGGUCUCUACCUGAUCAUCACCGUUAGGGAGGGAUGUGAUCCGGUCAACCGGCUCUUCUUCACCGACCUCACUCUCCUCACAGACGGUAUCACAGGCUUACUGCCCUUUGUGAAAGUCGUAGACAACUUCGACGCGGAAUACGAGUACAUCACCAACGAGGGAACAAUGUUCACGUUCAAGACCAACCUGAAGUCUCCCAACUACAAGCUAAUCAACAUUGACUUCCAGAGAUAUAGCAUGGAGAACUGGAUCACAUUGGUGGAUGAGCAUGAAAGGAGUGUGUUGGAGUGGGCGGCCUGUGUCCAUGGCAACAGACUGGUGUUGUGUUACCUCGAGGAUGUCAAGAACCAGCUGUACAUCCAUGACCUGCCCAGUGGUCAGCGGAUGGGACACCUGCCCCUGGACGUGGGUACCAUAGUGGCAUACUCAGGCAGGAAAAGGGAUGACCAGAUAUUCUACCAAUUCAUGUCGUUCCUGACUCCGGGAAUAAUAUACCAGUGUCCCAUGGCAAACGAUACCUAUGAGCCCAAGGUAUUCAGAGAUAUCAAAGUGAAGAACUUUUCCUUUGAUGAGUUCAAGACAGAGCAAGUCUUCUACCCGAGUAAAGAUGGCACUCAGAUACCCAUGUUUAUUGUUCAACCAAAGUCCCUGGUGAAGGACGGCACGAAUCCAGUGAUGUUGUAUGGCUAUGGUGGCUUCAACAUCUCCAUUACACCCACAUUCUCUGUAUCCAGGCUGGUGUUCCUACAACACCUUGGAGGGGUUUAUGUAGUGGCAAAUAUACGGGGAGGGGGAGAGUAUGGUGAAACAUGGCACAAGGCUGGCAUGCUGGCCAACAAACAGAAUGUGUUUGACGACUUCCAGGCAGCAGCUGAGUACCUCAUCCAGAACAAAUAUACCUCAUCAAAUAGAUUAGUGAUCAAUGGAGGUUCCAAUGGUGGCUUGCUGGUGGGAGCUUGCAUGAACCAGAGACCAGACUUGUUUGGAUGUGGUAUAGCCCAAGUGGGGGUGAUGGACAUGCUCAAGUUCCACCAGUUCACCAUCGGCCAUGCCUGGACCACAGAUUACGGCAGCUCUGACAAAGAAGAGGAAUUCAAGUGGUUGAUCAAGUACUCACCCCUGCACAAUGUCAGGUUGCCCCAGGGGGAGGUGCAAUACCCUGCAACUCUGCUGCUGACGGGAGACCAUGAUGACAGAGUUGUGCCCCUCCACUCCCUCAAGUUCAUUGCUGAGCUGCAGAAUGUCAUGGGCAGAGUGGAGAAACAGACCAAUCCUUUGAUGAUACGUGUUGACACAAAAUCUGGGCACGGUGCAGGGAAACCAACUGCUAAAGUUAUCGAAGAGCUGACUGAUAUAUACAGCUUUAUAUAUCAAACACUGGGACUGAAGUGGCACAAGUGAAAACUGUGAUAAAUCAUUUUUCGUAGCACCCUGCUUAUAUUUAAAACUGAAGUAUUUAUUUUAAAUCUAUCUCUGUUUUGUCUUAGUAAAAAUAUGAAUAUAACAAUACCAGACUUUUUCAUUACUUAAUUUCUCUUAGCUUCUUAUUUCAUUAUUGAUUAUGUGUCAUAUUGAAAAUUGUCUUAGCUGAAGAAAUUCAAUAUUUUGAUGAAUAAAAAAAUCUUAUUCAA